AUGGUAAACUUUGGUGCUCUCAAGAGACAAGCCGUGCGGUAUCUACGUCGAAACUGGGAGUAUAAGGCUGCGGUUUUUGUCCUUUUAUACUAUCUCGUCUCUUACGUAGUAUUAGAGACUAGCCAUAGUAUACGAGAACGAGGAUUGAGCCAGAAACUCAGGGUGAUACCGAAUGAGGUUAUCAACUACUACGAUAGCACUACUCUUCUAGAUGAAGGCGACAGGAAAAAUGACAAGUUAGCAUAUAUGCAAUACGCUACUUCCUACGAACAUUUGAACUUGGCCAUUAUUAACUUUAUUAGCAUUCGUAAAUCAGACACCAAAGCCAAGGACUUGGUAGUACUUUACAGCGAUAUUUUGGCUCAUUCUGAUUCUGACACCUGGAACAAACUCUUGAUAAUUGCUAACAAUCAUGAUAUCACGUUGAAAGCAGUACCUUUGCUUGAAGCUAGCGGUGAUGAGUCUACGUGGUCUCUGUCAUUUACCAAGCUUCACGUCUUUAACCAAGUCGAGUAUGACAGAAUUGUGUACUUUGAUUCGGAUUCGAUGGUUAUAAAUGUUCCCCGCAGUGGAGAUGUUGAAAUCAGCCAUAUACACAACAACUACGGCAACUUGGACGAACUCUUCAAGUUGCCCAAACAUAUCACCUAUGCAUUACCCCAGGCGUUCUGGUUAAAUAAAGUUGUAGAGGAUAAGAAGCACACGAAGUUCAGAGGAAAAGUAGAAAUUCCGGAAAAGAAGAGAUAUAAUUUACGGAUGAAGAAACUUGUAAGUGACAUUUCGCGAGAAAGUUUACCAGAGAGGGCCUUCCAGUUGCUUCCGUCAUUGAUCUACGAACAGCACUUCUUUGAUAACCACGACGACUUCUUUGCUAAUCAUGUAAUGGUCAUCAAGCCCUCUAGACAGACGUUUAAUGAACUUAUGAGAUAUGUGUACAACCCCUGGUACUGGUAUAUUUUCUGUCGUUCUUCGUUGAGACAGAAGCAUGACUAUGACAUGGAGAUCAUGAACAAAUACUUGAACGACCAGCUUCUUUCUAGGAGAGAUGUUCAUGUUGGUAUAUUGCCCCAUAAAGUGUAUGGAGUUCUCACGGGAGAGUUCCGAGAACCAUGGCAUCGUAGGUUUGUAGUAGAACCACAGUAUUUGCCCUUUACAAAGAAGAAGUCCAACGACGGCUGGAAUGCGUUGGAUGUGUUCCAGAACGUGAAGUUGGUACAUUUCUCAGAUUCCCCUAUUCCCAAGCCAUGGGAGAAGAACGACUACCUGGCUUCUUAUAAUUCACUCAGAAUCUACUGUAGAGCAGGAGACCUAGUGAAGUACUUCAAGAUCGACGACAUUCACAAGCCAAGAAUGGUGGACGACUGUGACAGCGUGGAUAUAUGGAACUGGUAUCGUGAUGAAUUUGAGCGUGCUCGUGCCGGUAACUGGGUUGUACCUGAGGAGGUAGAAUAUGAAUGGUAA